AUGUCGGGACUGCACAUGAAACUAUGUCAUUUGAUAUUAAACAACAACAAGAUAUUUUCAUUACAAGUUGUAUUGCUUACUGGCAUUUCUAUACUAAAUGGAACGUCUAGUUAUUUUGAACUUUAUAUGGCUGCAAAUGGACACAAUGAUAAUAAUAAAAUUUACUACGUUAUAGCUAUAGCAACUGCAGCAAGUUAUUUUGUAUGUGGAAUAAUUUUUAUGAUAUAUGCAUCUAACUUGACUAUGAACGAAGGAGAAAAGACAUUAAAGGAUAUUCAUUGUAGAAUCUAUUUAACAUCUGUAAAAUAUGACAUAAAAAUUAUGGAAAGAGUUCAACUUUUUCUUCUACAAUUGCAACAUUUUAAUGCAAAUGUUUCAUGUGGAUUGUUCAGAAUUGACUUGAAAAUAAUAACAAUGCUCUAUAAUGUCGUAUAUAUUGAUCAUGAUUCAGUUUGA